AUGUCGAUGAACAUUACCGAGAUGAAGCCGCGAGAGUACACUAAAAAAGACAAGAUCAAUGCCAAGCACGAGACGCUGGUGAAGGGGUUUGAUUCCGGCAAGACCCUUGAUCUUGAAUUCCGCAAGGAGCAGCUGCGGAAUCUCUACUACGCCAUCAAGGACAACGAGCAGCUGCUGAAGGAUGCUCUGAUCAAGGACUUCCACCGGUCUCCGUUUGAAACUGAGUUCCUCGAGCUGCACGGGGUUUAUUCCGAGAUCAAUUUGGCCAUCACGAACCUCGACAAGUGGGCGGCCGACGAGUCGUUGGGCUUUGAUAUUCGCAUGAUGAUGGCUCGCCCAGUCCUGCGCCGCCAGCCCUAUGGCUCUGUGCUCAUCUUCGGUCCUUGGAACUAUCCUUAUUUGUGCGCAAUCGUGCCCGUUGUGUCUGCCAUUGCCGCCGGUAACACUGUUCUUCUCAAGCCCACCGAGAUGGCUCCCUACUCGACCGAGGUCGUUGCCACUAUUCUCGAGCGGGCGCUGCACCCUUCGAUUUUCCAGUGUGUCACAGGUGCUGUCGAAGAGUCCACUGCGCUGCUCGAGCUCAAAUGGGACAAGAUCAUGGUGACCGGCUCUUCCAAUGUCGGCAAGAUCGUCGCCACCGCCGCGGCAAAGGACCUCACCCCGGUUGUUCUUGAGCUGGGUGGCAAGUCUCCUGCAAUUGUGUCUCGCGACGCAAACAUUAAGCUUGCCGCUCGUCGCAUUGCUUGGGGCAAAUUCUCCAACUCUGGUCAAACCUGUAUCGCUCCCGACUAUGUCAUUAUCGACGACGAGGUCAAGGAAAAGUUCAUUGCUGAACUCGUCAAGGCUUUAAAGACUAGCUAUCCCAACCUCGACAAAGAUACUGAGGACUGGACACACAUUGCCACUGACCGGUUGUGGGAUCGUGCCAACAAGCUCAUUGAGACCACAAAGGGUAAAGUCGAAUUCCAGUGGGGUAAAGCCGACAAGGCCUCUAAAUUCUACCCGCCUACCGUCGUCAGCGGUGUCGAAUUGGAUGACUGCUUGAUGGGCGAGGAGAUUUUCGCUCCUUUGCUGCCCAUUUUGUCCGUCAGCGACGUCAACACCCAGGCUCUGCCCAUUGCUCGCCAACACGACUACCCCCUGGCCGCCUACUUCUUUACCACAAACAGCAAACGUGCCGAUGAGCUUCUGUCUCGUAUCCGCUCUGGUGCUGCCGUUGUAAACGACUGCAUUGUUCAAGGUGGCUCUGCUGCUAUUCCAUUUGGCGGUAUCAAGAACUCCGGUACUGGCCGUUACCACGGCAAGUUCGGUUUCGACGAGUUCUCUCACGCUCGCCCUCUGCUUCGCCAGCCCAACUUCAUCGAGGCUCUGCUACACGGCCGUUAUGCUCCUUACAGAGCCAGCAAUCUCAAGAACUUGCGCUUCCUGGGUGUGCCCUCCGAGUGGUUCCCUCGCAGCGGCCCCGUUCGCCGCAGCCUCCUCUCUCGCCUUGUCAACUCUCGCAAGGUGCAGGUGCUAGUUCUCAUUUUCUUGGCUUUGUUCCUUAAAUCUCGCGUUUAA